AUGGCAUCUGUAACAUACCGGGAGCCAAUAUCUAAAACUGUGGGAAAACGGAUGAUUUUUACAGGUCCAGAUUAUGUAAAGGAUUAUUUGCCUAAAGUGCAUCAGCAUACUUCCUAUAUAGGAGAAAAGCGUCCAGCAUUAGAAAAAACUGGAGAUCUCAGAUAUUUGUGGAGGUCUGCCCCAAACAGAAGCUGGCCAGCAAAAUAUAAAUAUGAGUACGUUGGUGGAGUUGGUUGGGGGAUACAAGACUAUAAUUGCAUCAACAAAUCAAGACAGGAGAGCGGUUUUCAUGUCAAGAGUGGAGAACUAACUUUUGAAGCUAUUAAUAAAAUAAACCACAGAUAUCAAAACCCAUGGCAACCGAAGCCUUUUAUCUUGGAUAAGCAAGGAAGACACGGUCGUGGUUUUAUGGCCUGGAACAUGAGUGAUUACGAAGACACCACUCAGAGGAAUUCCAAAUGGGCUGUCCUCGUUAGGCAGAGUAAAUCACCAUCACCAAGAGCUUCCAAACCUUCCAAGCUGCCGAAGCUAACAAAAACGGAAGCGGUAUGA